AUGAGUUUUGUCAAUGGUACCAAUGGUGAAGAUCUGACCAAUCGCUUGUUAAGGAAAUUGGUGAACAGCGCUUUCGACCCCGAAGAAUUCUGCCCCGAUGGUUGUGUGAAAAGCAUCAUCACACCGGAGACAAUAUCGAGGAAAUUAGAAGCGGUGAGAGUCUUUCCUUCCAUUGAAGAUCAACAAGACGACCAAAAAAGGUUCGGUAGACUUGUGGACUUCAUCUCCCAGGAGAGCAAGACAAUAUUUGCGAUUGUGCUUUGCUGUGGUCUUAACAAGGAAGAAAUUCGACAAGCUUUCGCUCAAUUCAAAAACCUCGGACUUGAUGAUACCAGACUACCUGUCCUUGAAGAUAAUCACCAACGAUUCUUCUUCACCGGAAACGAUUUCCAAUGGCCGUGGGACAUCCUUCGAGUGCGAAGUUUCUGUUUGUACCAGUGGAAGUUUCUAGCGCCAGUCUUCAAACUGAAUGGACAAGGCGAAUUGGCGCUACACAGCAAACAUGUGUUUCCAUUCUUGCGGGUGAACCAGCGCGGGGAUGCCGGAACGUUUGGUGAGGUGUAUCAGGUCACCAUCCAUCCUAAUCAUUUGAGAAGCGCUGUCCAUGCCCCCGUUGCCAUCAAGAAACUGCACCGUUCAUACAGCGAAGACAAAGCAAAGCAGCGCACACUUGUAGAAGCGUGGGUGAGAGAAGUCAGUGCACACAAAGAUAUCUCUCAGUUCAAUAGCUCGAACAUCAUCAAGUUCAUGACAGCUUUCACGAGAGGUCAUGAGCGGUAUCUCAUGUUCGAGUGGGCAGACGGGGGGAAUUUACGGGAGUUUUGGACCACAAAUGAUCCCAUUCUCACCCGCGUCCUGGUUAGAGAUGUGAUCCUUCAGCUUCAUGGACUUGCCGAUGCAUUAGAUAAGAUGCACUCCAUGAAUUACAGGCAUGGAGACAUGAAGCCAGAGAACAUCCUUCGAGUCAACACUCCUGGUCAAAAUGGUUCUUCGAAUCUCGAUGUGGGCACACUCAAGAUCUGCGACAUGGGCUUGAGCAAAAACCACACUAUGGCAACCCGGUUGCGAGAUGUAGCAACAGUCACCAUGUUUACUACAUGGAGAUAUGAGCCUCCAGAGGCCAAAGACGAGGAUGCGCCAUGGCCACGAAGAUACGACAUUUGGUCCAUUGGCUGCAUCAUCCUGGAGUUCAUCGUCUGGUUGGUUGAUGGACCCAGGGGACUUGACAAGUUCAACAAGGGGAUCGUCAAUGAUUUCGGGUCAGAAUGUCACUACUUCGAGAGUGAAAAUCGGAACAGAGUGGCACCGUUCAGGGUACACGCAGCAGUGCGUAACAUGAUGGAAAGGCUCUCUUGGCAUCCCGAAUGCGAAGACGGGACGACUGCCUUGGGCGACCUUCUCAGGGUUGUCAGAACGAGACUGCUGGUUGUAAAUUUGGGAUCAGAGCGUGUCGGAGAAGGAAUGGCCGGCUAUGGAAUGACUAACAGACAGGUUCCGAGGCGCGCCGAUGCCGCGUCACUAAAGGCGGCUCUAGACAACAUUAUUCGCAAGGGAAAUGAGAGGUCGACAUACUGGCUGAAAGACUGUACGUCCCUGGACCGUGAGGCCACAAUGAAGUGUUAUCCAAUUGUUGCGUCGCUGCUGACGAGUCGUCCAUGGAUCCGAGCAGGAAAACGUAAAUAUGUCCUGGUCCAGCUGAACAACAUUUGGGAAUUCACCGUCGACAAUAACUUUGCCGCAAAAGUGGUUGAAACAGCCACUAAUGCGCUAAGUUUCCCCAAAGACAAAAUCUCGCCUGGUCUUUGUGCCAAGUGCCGACAGCUGGAGUUUUGGAAACCGCACUUCAGAAUUGUCGACCGCUGGGACAUACUUGAAGAUAGUCUACACACAUGUGACUUUUGCAGAAUGAGAUAUGAAGUCUGCAAGCAUUUGGAUCGGAAGGAGUUUCCAGAAGUUCGAUUCGACCGCGAUCAAUCUAUUCUGACGCUGAAUGAUGCUUACCCGCCUGUCAUGUCUAUAUGUAGAGGUCCGGAGUCACAGAUAAACAACGCAAGUCACAUCCAGAUCGGAUGCCCAAAGCUCCCCGAAAGUGCGAGCCAGACACAAUUCGAUAUCCUUCGGCAGUUUCUGAAUGACUGCGAUGCUGAACAUCCUGAAUGUCGGGCUCAGAAGCUCGGAUCCUUGCCGACGAGGCUCAUCCAUCUGAGUGCUCAGGGUCCUUUCGCCAUCGUCCUCUAUGACACCCAACCAGAGGAUGUCUUAGACUACGUUGCAUUGUCGCACCCUUGGGGUCAGGGGCCAUAUUUUCGCACUACCUUGGGCAAUGUGGAGGGCUAUCGGAAAGGCAUCGACUACGAACAGCUGCCGGCUACUUUUCGGGACGCAGUCAUUACUACUCGAGAGCUCGGACUGGAAUACCUUUGGAUCGACUCAAUUUGCAUCAUUCAGGGCGAAGGCGGGGAUUUCGACCAGGAAGCCAAGCGUAUGGAAGACGUGUUCAGCUCCGCAUUCUGUGUGAUUGCGGCGAGCAGUGCGUGUGGGCAAAAUGAUGGCUUCCUUAAUCGGCGAAACUCACAGCGCGAAUUCUUGACCUUCGAGCCCGUAGGACUUCCUGCACUGUAUGUGGGCCGUUUCAUAGACGACUUCAACAAGGAUGUACUCCAAGCACCGCUGAGCCAGCGCGGGUGGGUGCUACAAGAGAGGGCACUGGCGCGGCGAACGAUCUACUUCACCAACUGCCAAACAUACUGGGAAUGUGGGAAGGGUGUCAGGUGCGAGACAUUGACAAAAAUGGACAAUAAAUUAGCCUCCUUCCUCGGCGAUCCCAACUUCCCGUCCAAGCUGUCCAAUGAUGCGACCACACGCGGAGUAAAGAUCCGACUCUACGAGGAACUCUACCGACAAUAUACGCGCCUCAAAUUUACGCGCAUCUCAGACAGACCGAUUGCUAUCGCCGGGCUCGAGAAACGGCUUAUACGUGAUCUCAAGGCAGAAGGCGGGUUUGGGGUCUUUGACGAUGGCCGUAGCCUCUUCCAGCGCAGUCUCCUGUGGCAGCGCGGCCGAGAAUUUCCGUCUUUGGCGAAGAUCCCCUGCAUCCCAUCCCUCUCAGUGCCAACCUGGUCAUGGAUGGCAUAUGACGGUGGCAUCGACUUUCUGGACCUGCCGCUUGGCGGAGUUCACUGGUUCACGGACGCCAUCAAGAGCCCGUGGGCACCUGGAAGCGCUGAUACAUGGCAUACUGGUGAUGGAAAAGAGUUUGUGGAGUUGAAAGCAUGGGCGACAACCUUCACAUUGGGAGAUGCAAGUUUGGCGACCCAUGAUGGAGUUUUGAUUGUGUAUGAUAGCCCAGGCAUGAUCACUAUGGGGGUUGAAGAUCUGAUGUGCGUGGUUGUAGGCAGGGAAAUCAAGAAAGAUACGGUCAGGGAGACGACUCAUUUUGCCCUGGUCAUCAAAGCGUCUACGGGGCCAGUGAGUGCAAAAGGAGGAAGUAAGAUCUACGAGAGGAUUGGUGUGGGUUAUGUGAAGGGCAAGUGUCUUAAUCUGGAGUCCUCGGCACAGGCUGUCUUGAUUCGUUAG